GUGUGUGUGUGUGUGUGUUCGUGUAAGUGAGGUUUGUGUGUGUGUGUGUAGUAAAAGAUUUCUGUGCUUGACUCUGUCAGACGCGCACAGGAGAGCUGCGUGAUUUUUGUCAGUGUGUGAGAUGAAGAUGAGGAAGAUGAUGUGGAUGCGCGCGCGGUCCACCCACGCAGGAUUGCUCUUGACUCGCGCGCCGCGCGUCUGAUUCUCGCGCUGAACUGUACAUUAAUAUUUGCGGAUGAUGAAGAUGCGCGAGUAACAGGAUGAUGAAGACCGAGCCCACAGUCAUGAGAAAUCCGCCACGCGCGCGUCCGUCUCAUUCACCGCGCAGCGAACGAUGAGCGCCGGCGGGAAUCUGCGCGUUACCCUGGAAACGGCAGCGGAGCGCCGGAGACUCGAGCGAGCACGGGCCGAGCGGAGGGACUCGUCAGGCGGAUUAAAGAGAGCCGAGCGGCCGCUGGAGGAUGCGUUUAUUUCGCGUUUAUUGCCUUCAUUAUGUGAGAAAUAUUGAUGAUAUUUUGAUAUAAAUCAGUUAUGAAGAUGAGCGUCAUCGCGUCACACGGGCUUACGUUAUGGAAUAAGAGACAGCAUGCAGUGAUUUUCCCGCAGAACUGAUCUGGAAACAGCGAGCAGGAGACGCAUAGCUGAUGGAGAGUUUGAGGCACUUUAAUCUCACUGAAGAUUUUACAUGCAAGUUUCGUCCGUGAACAGACACGCGCAUAGAGACAGACAGGUAGAGAGAGAGAGACACGCGCAGGCCUCACGCCUCCUGUCUCUCUGCUGCGAGCACGCUCGUGCUCGCAGGAAGAGCUUUGCCACAUCGCGGCAGAGAAGCAUGGAAACUCCGCCCACUGCACCUGCCCAGCCAUUCCGACAGCCUAGUUUUCUAAGUCGCCGUCUAAAAGGAUCAAUUAAAAGAGCAAAAAGUCAACCCAAACUUGACCGGACUGGAAGCUUUCGACACAUGAUUCUCCCACGAUUCCGCAGUGCUGACCAGGAGAGGACGCGUCUCAUGCAGAGUUUUAAAGAGUCUCACUCUCACGAGUCUCUGCUCUCUCCGAGCAGUGCAGCAGAGGCUCUGGACCUCACGCUGGACGAGGAUGCCAUCAUUAAACCCGUACACUCCAGUAUACUCGGUCAGGAGUACUGUUUCGAGGUAACCACUGCAUCAGGCACUAAAUGUUUCGCAUGUCGUUCUGCGGCUGAGAGAGACAAAUGGAUCGAAAACCUGCAGCGUGCCGUGAAACCCAACAAGGACAACAGUCGACGUGUGGAUAACGUACUGAAGCUCUGGAUCAUCGAGGCCAGAGAUCUUCCAGCUAAAAAGCGCUAUUACUGUGAGCUGUGUCUGGAUGAUAUGCUGUACGCUCGAACCACCAGCAAACCACGAACGGAUACGGUCUUCUGGGGCGAACACUUUGAGUUUAAUAAUCUGCCUGCCAUCCGCAGUCUGAGGUUACACCUGUACAAAGAGACGGACAAGAAGAGACGAAAGGAGAAGAGCACAUAUCUGGGUCUGGUCAGCAUCCCUAUCUCCAGUAUAACAGGCCGUCAGUUUGUGGAGCAGUGGUAUCCCGUCAUUCAGCCCAGUGUUCUGGCCAAAGGGGGCGGAGUCAGCGGUGGCAAAAUCAUUAACGCCUCCCUGCGACUCAAAUCUCGCUAUCAGACCAUGAACAUCCUCCCUAUGGAGCUUUACAAGGAGUUUGCCGAGUACGUCACCAAUAACUACAGGACAUUGUGUGGAGUCCUGGAGCCUCUGUUGAGCGUGAAGAGUAAAGAAGAGGUGGCGUGUGCGCUCGUACACAUCCUACAGAGUACAGGAAAAGCUAAGGACUUCCUGUCUGACAUGGCGAUGAGUGAGGUGGAUCGUUUUAUUGACCGUGAGCAUCUGAUCUUCAGAGAGAACACACUGGCCACCAAAGCCAUUGAGGAGUUCCUGAAGCUCAUCGCACAUCGAUAUCUAAAAGACACCAUAGGUGAGUUCAUUCGUGCUCUGUAUGAGUCGGAGGAGAACUGUGAAGUGGAUCCAAUGAGGACUCCUCCAUCUGUGUUGGUGGAUCAUCAGGCUAAUCUGCGUAUGUGCUGCGAGCUGGCGCUCUGCAAGAUCAUCAACUCUCAUUGUGUGUUUCCUCGGGAACUGAAGGAGGUUUUCGCAUCAUGGCGAGUCCGUUGUGCCGAGCGCGGUCGAGAAGACAUCGCCGAUCGUCUCAUCAGCUCGUCUCUCUUCCUGCGCUUCCUGUGUCCUGCCAUCAUGUCUCCAUCUCUGUUUAACCUGACACAAGAGUAUCCAUCUGAACGCACAUCACGAACCCUAACGCUCAUCGCCAAGGUCGUCCAGAGUCUGGCCAGCUUUUCAAAGUUUAGUGGUAAGGAGGAUUAUAUGAGUUUCAUGAAUGAGUUUUUGGAGAUGGAGUGGGGCUCCAUGCAGCAGUUUCUCUAUGAGAUCUCUAAUCUGGAGUGCGUGAGUAACGCCGGAGCGUUUGAAGGUUACAUUGAUCUGGGCCGAGAGCUUUCCAUACUUCACAGUUUACUCUGGGAGGUCAUGGCCCAGCUCAGUAAGGAUGCCAUACUUAAAUUGGGGCCGUUGCCACGGUUACUGAAUGACAUCAGCGUGGCACUGCGGAACCCCCAGCUGCACCGUCAGGCCAGUCAUCAACCACCUGAACGUUACCUGUCACGGCCCGCCUUCAGUCGACUCGCUACCAAUGACUUCCAGAGCCUCAUGAUGAGAGACCUUAACAGCUCUAUAGACGUCUCUCGUCUCCCGUCUCCGACAGCCGGUUUGUCCGGCAGUGGAGUUCUGUCUCAUCCUGGAAUGGCUGCUUUCUCGGAGCGUGAUCACCGUGGAAACAAAGAUGUUUUUUAUGUGAGCCGCCCUCCUCUUGCACGCUCAAGCCCCGCCUACUGCACUAGCAGCUCUGACAUCACUGAUCCAGACCCAAAGGUUCUCAGUGUAAAUAAGAGCGUUUCUAUGAUGGACCUUCAGGACUCUCGCAUCAACAGCGUGUCGAACCUGCACUCCGUCAACGAUAUGCUCAACUCGUCUCAGGGGUCUCUCGCCGGGCUGGCCGGGUUCGGUCCUCUCAGGGCCGGAGGUCGUGUUUCGGCAGGGUCGGGCGCGUCGAGCAUGUCGGGCGGUUUGCGUCUAAGUCACUCGGGCGGCCUGACGACGGACUCGCUGUCCCAGCAGCAGCAACAGCAGGCGGCCGCCAUGCACGUGCCUCUUUCCUUCCAGAACCCUCUGUUUCACCUGGCUUCCGACGGGCCGCAGUACCACACGCCGCCCCACGCCCCCGCCGCGGCACCACCCCCCCUGCUGUUGGCCCCCGAAACCGAGAACGGCCACGCGGGAUUCGGCAUGCCGACGUUCGGACACAGCGGCUUCUCUCGCAGCGAAGACCUGUCGGCCCUGCGCGCGCAGAACAGCCUGGUGCAGCCCAACAUCGUCCACUCGCACAGCUACAGCGACGACUACACGCGCCACAACCAGGCCGAUUACGCCCGCAGACAGCUCUCGCUGCAAGUGCAGGAGAAUCUUCAGCAGCAGGUUUUAAUGGGCAUCGCCCCGCAGACGGCGACCGGCACCGGCACGCCCGCUUCUCUGGCCACUCCUCCGACCACCAUUCAUCCUGUCCGUCAGGCCUCGGUGGCUCCUUCUCCCGCUCAACGCGUAAAGCCUCAGCCCUCCCACCAGCUGUCCAUCAGCUCGGCCGUAAACUCCACGCCGCCCAAGGCCCGUCCUCAGAGCGGGAACCUUCUGCAGUCGCCCGAGUCCAGCUUCGGGGCGAGGCAGGCCCCGAGGCAGCAGCUGUCAGUGAAGGAUAGUCCCGCCCCCGGACUGCCACAUCAGUCCAGCACAGCUGCCGAGAACGCAACCGCUCAGGGGAGCGCUAACGAGAAUGCCGAAAACACACCGAGCAACCAGCCGGCCAAACCUGCGCAGCAGACAAACCAACAACAUUUACUGAAGCCGACCAUGAACAAACAAGGCUCCAAAUCUCCGUCCACCCUCAAUACUCCCACAGCUGCGUCCGAGCGUACGGUGGCCUGGGUCUCCAACAUGCCACACCUGUCUGCAGACAUCGAGAGCCUCCGUGUGGACCGUGAGGAUUUCAAACUAAAGGAACACUCGAAGAGCAUGGAUGAAUCUCGCCUGGACCGGGUGCGUGAGUAUGAAGAGGAGAUUCACUCGCUGAAGGAGCGUUUGAUGAUGUCACACCGUAAACUGGAGGAAUAUGAGCGACGUCUGCACUCGCAGGAGCAACAGACCAGUAAAAUCCUGCUGCAGUAUCAGAGUCGACUGGACGACAGCGAGCGACGUCUGCGCAUGCAGCAGAUGGAGAAAGACUCGCAGAUCAAAGGCAUCAUUAACAGGUUGAUGGUGGUAGAGGAUGAACUGAGAGGAAGUGGCAUGCCAGAGCUCAAAACCAGAAUAUUUACAGAACAGGACGAUCUGUUCUCCUUGGGUUCGAAUGAUUCGUGUCUGCUUCCAGUAGGGGAGGCUGUUGUGACGGUGAAGCCCAGCUCAGGUGUUUCAUCUCUGGGCGGUUCCUCCGUCAGUUCCCCUUGGAACGGAGCUCUGCCCCCUCUACCCCCCCGCCUGCACCUCAGUCACAACAGAGAGGUCGGCGGUGACCCGGGCUUCACGCGGGCGGGAGAGGCAGUGGUGACCCGGAGAGCAGAAGGGCCAGAGUAGAAUAGUCAGGCUCCCAUUUAUGGUGCCCAUUCUGGAACUUGAUUGGCUCAUGCAGGACUAGUGGACAUGUUAAACCUCAACCCAGGACUGUAUGUUGAUUGGCUGAGAGAGAAGAGAGAGGCGGAACUUGAGCAGGAAGAACAACUCCAACUCUAUAAUCUCUCUCUCUCUCACACACACACACACACACACACACGCUGAGAAUAUAUAUCUAUACAUAUAUCUAUAUAUUGAUAUAUAAUAUAAACAUAUAUUCAUCAUGGGAAAUUUUCAGCCAAAUGGACGACAAUCAGCAUCGUGAGGCCGAUCGAUACAAUCACACACUGAUAAUCAGCACAAUGAACAGACAGAGAGAGAGAGAGAGAGAAAGACUCUCUCUCUUUCUCUUUCUAACUCUCUCUCAGUGUGUGUGUGUGUGUGUGUGUGUGUGCGCGCGUGUGUUAGUGUGCAUGUGUUGAUCAGUCGCGGCCUCAGCUUCCUAAUAAUAACUCAAUAACAAUCUUGUUGUUUUUUUCAAUCCUUUUCAAACAUUGUUUUGAGGCGAUUGAUUCUUUCUGAGCCAAUGAGACGUUGUCAUAGCGCUCAGAAUCCCCGCCUCUUCCUGUCCUGAGAAGGGGGCGGGCUCUCCUCUCCGUGCCUACAGAGCUCCAUUCAAAAACAGGGCAAGGAAAGACUUUACGGACGAGUGAGUGGGACGCUCACGAUCUCAUCCGUGCGAUGGACAGACCGAGUUUCUUCAUCUAAACCAGAGACGAGCAGAAGAUUGCGUGUAAUGAAAUGAUCUUGGUUUUAAUGUUGGCAUCAGUUAUCAGGUGACUUUGUGAUUCGAUGUGGGCUUGAUUCUCGAGAACUAAUGGAUGUGUACGUUUGUUGUGCGUGUGGUUCAUAAUUACGCUGUGUCUUAACCAGACGCAAUGUGACAAAGCAAUCAAACCUUCCUCUUCCACAUCAACCCAAGAACCGCCUCGACAGCGACGAGCGAUGCGAAAUUGUGUCGGUCACUUGGUUCGUGUUCUCGCUAGACCCGUAUGCACCGCGAUCUCGUGUGUAUUAUACAUCAAACAUGGGUGAGGAGAGAAGUUUACAAUCAAAUCUUAUAUCAAAGGUCCUUCAAGAUUUUUUUCCACGGCUGGUUAUGACACUGCAUUUAUUGAGUGAAAAACUGAAAUCUAAACUAUUCAACUAUUUAUUUGUUUUUUAACCAAGCAAGAAUUCAUUUAGCCACACAUUAAAGCUCUGUUCCAAACCCUCGUGAACCAAUGACGUAAGGCACCCACACAAGAUCAAUAAAUGACCUGUAGUAUCUCCAUUUAGAUAAAUAGAUUUAUUUAAAUAUGUAAAGAUUUAAUGUAAAGAAAAUGCAUUUACCCUAACAGUAUAUAUAUAUAUUGCACAACAUUUAUUGUUUUAAUGUACAGUAGCACUUUCAGUAAUGCCAACAAGAGGUUUUAUUACAGUCAUGGGUUUUUAUUCAGUGUAGAGAUCAAGUGGAUCACCAGGUUUUGGAACAGAACACACACACACACACACACGUGCUGUUUCGUGAGGCUGUCUGCUGGUUUCUGUACAUAGAGUUCAGAUUUACUGAUGGAAGGUUUCUCUCAUUUUAGUCACUUGAGUUUUUCUCUUUUCUUGAUGUUCGAUGGAUGAUAAUCAUAUACACCAGUAGCUGCUUUACUGGUGCGUGAGUCAAUUACUUUGUAUUUAUUUUAUGUUGAAAGUAUUAAUUUUGUCUGCAUUUUAGGUAAUAAUAGUUAUAAAAAAUAUAAUGAAUAGUGUUUCUGUGCCUACAGUUCCCAUGCGGAGCUCUCCGCAGUCCUGAUUGGCUUAACGCAGAGCUCUCUUCAGUCCUGAUUGGCUAAACGCAGAGCUCUCUUCAGUCCUGAUUGGCUAAACGCAGAGCUCUCUUCAGUCCUGAUUGGCUAAACGCAGAGCUCUCUUCAGUCCUGAUUGGCUAAACGCAGAGCUCUCUUCAGUACUGAUUGGCUAAACGCAGAGCUCUCUUCAGUACUGAUUGGCUAAACGCAGAGCUCUCUUCAGUCCUGAUUGGCUAAACGCAGAGCUCUCUUCAGUCCUGAUUGGCUAAACGCAGAGCUCUCUUCAGUCCUGAUUGGCUAA